GACAAUCGGUCGGUCUUUUGGGCAUCGAUCUUCUUAUUAGAUGGAUGCCUCUGAAGGUUGAAUGCAUUUGGAAAUGGUUAUUUGAGAUUUCGAUUUUGUUUUACGAGAUUCGUUGCAAACAAUGGCAUCCCGCAGCUCAUGAUGUUGCAGCCAAGAGCAUCGACAUGAGUAAAUGUCUUACCUUUCGUCUCUGUGGCAUGUUCAGUUGUCAUCCAACAAAGGUGUGGUAAAGACCUAUCGCAGGCAGUUCUUUGAAUUUGAUUGAAAUCGAAUCGCGUUAAACCAAAAAAAAUUAUGUUAAAAUUCAAAAUUUUCGUUUUAAUUGAAAUAAUAUUUUCAUAUCUGGUAUUUGCCAGCGAAAAUGUCAAUCGUUUGAAACAGAGACAAUUCUACACAUUGCACAAAUGGACUCGGGGCAUUGAACUGACAUUCCCCAGUGAAAGCGAACGCAGUGCAGCCAUAAGUGCCGGUUAUUAUGACUUGAAUCGAAUACAAUUACCAGUGGAUAUUGAUAUUGAAUAUAAAGAAAAUAGUAAUCAUCGAACAUUUUUAACAAUUCCACGACUAAAUUUCGGGGUACCCUAUUCAUUGGCCACGAUAAGGAAUGCGGAUCAUCAAACAGAACUAAAUCCAAAGGUACAGGCGUAUCCCAGUUAUGAGUGGCAUCAUAGCCAUGGAACAAAUUGUUCGGCCAUAACAUCAGCCUUAAGGACAUAUAUCGAUGAAUGCCAACGUUUGUGGGUACUUGAUUCGGGGCAAAUAAAUUCUCUACAAUGGUGUCCACCACAAAUUUUAGUCUUCAAUUUGACAACAGAUCAGUUAAUUCAACGUUUUGUACUUCCAUCGAAUAACUAUAAAGCUGGUAUUUCCGUCUACACAGAUAUGGUGGCAGGUGUGGUGUCGGAAGAUAAAUGUAACCACACACAUGUUUAUAUCUCCGAUGCUUGGGGCCAUGGGUUGAUUGUCUACGACAUGCUGAAACAUAAAUCUUGGCGCAUUGAGCAUGAUCUCAUGAAACCGGACAGGACGUUGAUCAAUAAUGCUCAUGAUGGUAUAUUUACUGUCAGUUUGAGUCCCAAGAAUACCAAAUUACAAGUUCGUUACUUGUAUUUCCACUCAUUGAAUAGCUUCAAUGAGGUUCGCAUACCUUUACAUUUAAUUAACAACGAAUCGUUGUGGUAUUAUCCAAAAGAAAUUUUAGCCACAGCUAAAUAUUUCACCGUUUUGGGUUCACGUGGUACGCAAUGUGAAUCGGAGAUAAUGGAUGAUUAUGGUAAUCUCUACUGCACCCUCAUUGGGUCGAAUGCUUUAGUUAGUUGGAAGGAGGGUCGCAAAUAUUCGGCGGAUAAUUUAAAUGUCUUGGCUUAUGGACCGCAACAAUGGCGUUUUAUCACCGGUUUGAAAUUAACAAAACAUCGCCAAAAACACCAGGAAUUGUGGGCCUUAAGUACAGAGCCUAAGCUAUUUAUGGGUAAUACUAUGGCAGGUGAACAAGUCAUGUAUCAAAUUAUUGGUUGCCGAGUAAAAAAUUUGCUUCGCAAUGAACAUUGUACUGUUGGAGCAAUGGAUACUACAACAUCCAAUCAUAUUUAAUAAUUAUUACAAAAAUUUAAUAUUUAUGUAAAUAUCAUUGUCGUUUAUAGAUAUGUAAGUGUAUGUAUGUUAUAGUAUUUUAAUAAAUAAAUUUUGUAUUGAUGUUAGAUUGAAAAGCGUUAACUUUUUAAUUAUUGCAUGGAGAGUGAAAAUAAAAUCAGAAUGUGCACAAUAUUAUGGACAAAUAGCAAGUACCCGCUACUUUGUCAGCGAAACGUCCACCCUAAAAUUCUAGAUUCGUAACAAGAGUUCGUGUUAGGCCUUUUCAUUAUUCAAAAUCCACAAUUUUUUCAGUUUGGCCAUGAGCAUGCCAAAAAAAAAAUUAAUCAAAACUUCAUGCACCGUAAAGAAUUUUCAGACUUUUAAUUUUUUUUUUACUUUUCGGAAAGAAUGGUAAAAAAUGUCUAUCUUUUACAACAAAAAGUCUUCAAAAUGUUUAAUUUUGAAGUUUACCUAGGAGGAUAACGAUUGCUGCAUUGACCCACAUCCAAUUAUUGUGGCACAAA